CAGGAAAAAAAAAAAAAAAAAACCCACCCCGUAACCCUCGUUCGAUCUCUCGUUCUCUUAUCAUUUACAACACCUAUUCUUAUCACGAUUUCAACAAGAAAGGGACUUUAGCUAAUUCUCUCUCAACCCCUCUCCUCUACCCAUGUGUCUUCUUCUUCUUCUUCUCUGAUUCUUCUCAUUUUUUUAUCUUUCCCUCCUUUCGUGCCCUUCCACCUUCAUGGGCUGUGGCAUUUCCAAGUUAGACCUGAAGGAGACAGGGCAAGGCUAUCAGAUUAGAUCCCUUCGUCGAAGAAGUGAUGACGAAACUGAUUCUUUAACGAGCAGGAAUCGAAAGAGUGUUUCUUCCAUGCCCAGCGAAGGUGGUGUUGGUUUCUUGAAAAGGGUGAUCGGUUCAAAUGAGAGAGAGAGAGGAGUGGAGAGGGAAUUAGAGGCUAGUAGCGAUCAUGGUAGGAAAAGUAACGUUUCUUCCUAUUCCUUUUGUUUCAAGCAGCCUCAAGUUGAGAUAAUGGAGAAAGAAUCUUCAAAGGAAAACAAGUCUCAAAAUAAGUAUCAUCAGUAUGCUAACAAUGAUGAUCUUCACCAAGAAUAUAUCAGGCCAAGCGAUGCAGAGGAAUGUGCAGCAAGCAUAUUAUGUAGUCCAGGAUCCCCUAGUUUCAGGGUUUAUUGUGUUAAUGACUUUAUGGCUGCUCCCCAUGAAGACAAUGGCGAUGAAGAACUAGAAGAAAACAAAUCAAAUAAGGGGAGUGACAAGGGAUCGGAGACACCACGGGCGAAAAAAGGAAGGAAGGGAAGAGGGUUUAGGAGUGCCAUGCACAUGGGUGGAUCAAGUCGAGGACUUAGGGGUGUAUUGCAAAGGGGUGGAUCUGCAGGAAUGAAAAAUAUACUCAGUUCCACUUCUUGCAGAAAUCAUACUUCUUCACCUUCUCGUGACAGCACAACUAAAUUGAUUGCAAAAGCUGUUUGAUGAUGAUGAUGAUCAAGGCAGAAGAGAUCGUAAUUUAUGAAGGAGCAAAUCUCUCAUUCACUGACCUUAAUUAAUUCCCUUUUUUUUUGUCAAUUAAAAGAGAAAAAAAAAAUUCCUUGAUUUGUUCCUUCGCUUGUGUUGUUGGAGAACUGAAGAAUUAACCCUUUUCGUUUCUUCAAUUUUUAUGUAGAUAGGGAUUUGUUUAUUAAUAUGUGAACUAUACCUUCAAUGUA